AAAUAUGAUACGAUAAAUUAAAUAAAAUUCAAUAUCGUUAAUUGCUUAAGUUUUGUUAACAAUUGUUAACAAAAAUUAGCGACACCUUGAUUCGUUUCCGUAUUGUAGCCAUCGCUAAAAUAGAAUUCUUAAUGUUGAGCGAGUAUUCCACGAUUUCCCCACCACUCGCUGCUGGAUCACGUGUUUGCCCCCACCGCGUUUCUCCACAUAGCAAUUAUAGAUUCAUUCAGUGGUAGCAGCGCCAGUGCUAUCCCGACUCUCGCGUCGAAGGGAUUGAUCUUGUGUCUUUUUUAGCAUUGACAAUUCUUGACGCUGUGCAUUCGUAGAAAAAAAAUUCUCCUAUUUAUUUUCCGGAAUAUUUUUCCUUCCAAUUUUUGAACAUCGAACAAUUCGAUAGUUUCUAUCGAUAUAUAACUAUAUAUAUAUAUUUAUAUAUAUAUAUUUAUAUAUACUUUGAACGAGAAUUAUUUUUAGAAGUGCUUCGAGUUAUUUUCGAAAGACGUGAGGUGAAAGUGGAAGUGCUUUUUCAGAGAAAGUUUCGUACGGGAUUUCCUCUGAAGUUGUCACCAAACUACAGAAAUAACAAACGUUGCGACACGUUCGUGGAAAAGCGGCUCCGUGCCGCUUUACUAACACUCGGACAUCUCUCUGCCACGUGGCCCAUUAAAACACAAUGGGAAAAGAAGGCAGCUGUGGUGCGCGCGAACGAUGUCGAAAGAUGCGUCUCUAUUCCUGUCGGGAUCACGAGAGAAUGCGACACCUGGUCUUAAACUAUGAAUCGUAAAGUCAUACAAGACUGUGUUAUGCUGAAAGUAAGAUUUAUCUUCAAAAAAUGUUGACAGUGAUGUGUCCGAGCUGUCGUCACCGAUUUCCAGCUCCAGGUUGUUGUGAACCUAAAAAUAUGAAUGAAGAUAACACUCUGAUUCAUCCAACAACUUGUUAUUAUGGUGGUCUGCUAGUUCCUAAGGGCUAUACUAGUGGUGGUGGCUGUUUUAUAAAUGCACCAACUAUAAUUCAUACGCAACCUGUUAUCAAUUCCUUCAAUUAUCCAUCAAUGACACUUGAUUUGGAAAAACCAAGAACCGAUAGGCAAAGGGAAGAUUUCCUUCAAAGAUAUGAAAAAAAUACACAAGUUCUUGGAUUUCCAUUAAUCAAUGAAGAAUUACAAAAGAAUCAAAGUUCUGGGUGUCAAAUUACUACAAACUGUGACUUAACUGGAGGAAGUGUAACAAUAACAACACCAAGUAUACAAUCUGGAGGCUGUUUAAUUCAAAGUAUGGAUUCUGAAACUCUUAUGCAUACACCACAUAUGGAAAUCCGUCCAAAAUUAUCCGGUGGAGGAUGUUUUGUGCAAAAGACAUUAUCAACUGAAAAUCAAGAAGUUUCUGUUAUAUCUCAUGAAAAAAAAAUUCAACAAGAAAGUAUGAGUCAUGAUAAAAGGAUGUUUUUAAUACCUCCAAGUGGCUGUCAAGAAUUACCAGGGACUCGAAGAAAUAUAUUAUCACAAAAAAUAGAAGAAGCAACUUCACUAGAAAAUUAUGAGGAAAAACCAAUUUUCUCAGAUUUUCAAAUGAAUGUGCCAGUAAUGCAAUUUCAAGCUAAAAAUUCUAAAACAAAUGAACAUGAAUUAGAACAGAGCCGAAAUUUUAACUGUUGUUGUAACAACGUUCAAAAGCUUUAUCAUGUUAAAUCGAAUAAUCUUCAAGUUUCGGAAAAUCGUAAUUCUAUGGUUUUAGAUUCUAAUCCAGGAGUACAGAUUCAAGUAAAUGCUACUGUGCAACUUCCAGCAAAUUUAGGACAAUGUACAGUAAAUAUAACUGCAACUACUACGAAUUCUCCUGAUUCUUUAUCAGGUAUAACUUCAAGAACUAGAAACAAUUUUAAUGGUGGAGGUUUAGUACAGAAAAAUGAAACUCAAAAUAAUGAAGAAAAUUUUGAUGAUAGAAGAGAUAGAACUCCAACCACACCAGUUUCUUGGUUAAUGCCAUGUCCUUGGAGUUUUGACAACUAUAUGAUGGAUAGGGAUGCAGCUAGAUUAAGUGAAGUUAAAAGACUCUUACAAACUUGUGGUUGGUACCAUGAAGGUCUUAGUUGGCAGCAGAGUGAAAAUUUAUUAAAAAAUGCUAUGAUUGGCAGAUGGCUGAUGAGAGAUAGUUCAGAUAGUAGAUAUAUGUUUGCUGUGUCUGUGCAAACUGCUAGAGGACCUACCUCUGUUAGAGUUCAUUAUUUUGUGGGACAGUUUCGAUUAGAUGCUGAACCUAGACUUGCUUUUGCAAUUCCUCUUUUCGAUUGUCCAAUUAAAAUGCUAGAAUAUUAUGUGGAAUAUUCAAAAAGUGUUGAUGAACAAAGAAAAGAAGUUUGGGUAGAUUAUAGUGGACAACUUUAUAGUGAAAUUUAUUUGACAAAGCCUUUAGUUAAAGAAGUAAGGUCUCUUAGUCAUUUGGCCAGGUUAGUUGUUAAUAGGAAUAAAUUACCUACAAAACAUUUGCCACCGUUAAUUAGAAAUUAUUUAGCAGAAUAUCCAUAUAGUCUUUGAAAAAUAAUGCAUGAGAUUUUUCUGAUUUCUGGAUUAAUAAUUUAUAAAAUUUAAAAA